AGAAAAUAGUACAGUCCAUACCUAGCUAUCAUGUCCGACUCAGAUUUUGUUUUUGGCGAGUCGCUUCUUUUUCUGCACACUUCUCCUGCCACACUUUCUACUCCAGAUUCGGCAGAAAGACCGCAAGACACAGAUACACUUGAUGAUGGUUUGGAGUUUUCACAGUCUCUUCUUUUCCAGCAACACCCACCUCAGCCACUUAAUACUCUAUCACGACAGACACCUGAAAACUUGAACAAACAUGAAAGAACUAAAAUGGUAAAGCUCCUAGAUGGAUCCACUUUGGAGCUCCGCCCAAGACGCAAAAAACAAGUCAUCAUCGAAAUUGAAAAAGAUUCAGAUGAUGCUAUACUUAACAUGGAUAAACUUUAUGAACGCGUGAAUAAAAGAGAGGAGCUUCGAAACUCACAAAAAGAGAUACGUGCUUUGAAGCAGCAGAGUCAAAACAUCAGAACCUCUGAACUGCUGCAUCUAUGGCUGGAGAAAUACAAGCCAAAGUCGUUCAUGCAGAUAUGUUCAGCUGGUAACGAGCGGCAGUACUGGCAUGUUAAGAAUUGGCUUAGUAAAUGGGGACCGGCAGUUUUUGGUCAUGAAAAGAGUGAUAAUGAGCCUCUUGACAGCUUGGGUAGACCUUUACGAAAGAUCCUUUUAGUGCAUGGACCGCCGGGUAUUGGGAAGACAGCAGUCGUUCAUUUGUUCGCACGUCAAGCGGGAUACUGUGUUGAAGAGCUCAAUGCGGCCAACAGUAUGAAUGCUUUACAAGGAGCAGAAGCCUCAGACGGUGCUGGUAGAUUUGCCAACGCCACCGCUGCUUUGAAACUUAAAGUCAAAAAUGCGCUUACAACUAAUUCAAUCACCUCAAAUGGGAAACCAACUUGUCUCAUUGUUGAUGAAAUUGAUUCCACUGCCAACGCUAAUGAAAUCGUGAAGGUUCUCUCUGAGUUGGUCCGUGUUGACCAAGCCAAUAGAAGAAAAAAAGAAGACAAAGAACUAAGGAGAGACUCGAAGAAAAAGUCCAGUAAAAAACCUUUUUCUUUGAAUCGUCCUAUAAUAUGCAUUGCGAAUGAUAUGUAUAACACGGCAGCAAAAUCUGGUGGCCCCAAUCCCAUGGAAAUUCUUAGACCCUUAUGUGAAAUCAUCGCCUUCCGGAAGUCAACAACUGGUUCAAGUGUGGGAGAAAAGAUCAAUGUAUCUGCACAGAAUUCGGUCAUAAGAUUUCUUAUGAAAAUUAGUGAAAACGAAAAUUUAGGACUAGACCGCAAAGAGAUUGCUGAGGUCUUUGAGAUAUGCGAUGGUGAUAUACGUGCUUGCAUCAACUACUUACAAUUCUCCAGUCGCAAACUAGACUCUGAUUUACAUUCGUUUACCCCAGACGGUGAAUUCUGCAAGAAAGACUCUCUGGUUUCGUGGUUCACGUUAGUUGAUCAAAUCUUUAGCCGGAAUCAGACUCUUUCGAAAGAAGAAAACUUCGAGAAAAUGCUUAACCUUGUAUUUUCCGGCGAGGGCAAAUCAGCCGCAGCUUUUUCCCUCGACAAAGUCGUUAGAGGAUGCUUCAACAAAUAUCUAGAUGUUGUACAUCUACAAGAUGAUUCUGUGGUGAGGCCUGCAGAAAUAAGUGACUGGCUAUUCUUCUAUGAUCUACUCACAACCCAGAAUUUCAAUUCUCAGUUCUAUCCUACUCUAACUAGUUUGAAGUUCUGGUCUUUGUUCAGUGAUAUCAAUCCACAGAAAUUCAGAGAUAGUGAUGGUUUGAUUCCCAACGCACGAAACCUAGAUUUCAAUUCACGUGAAGUAUUGAAACAGAACAGGUCCAUCGUGAAGAAGCUUGCCGAUCUGGUACCUGUCAAUUCCAAAGUGUCACUAUGCGGUAUGUCAUCUAACGGUAGCUUCUACGCAUCUGAGUUUAUUCCCUUUCUCGACAUUAUGCUUUCACCAGAGAUCGGUUCUUCCAAGUCCAAACUAUCACUCAAAUCGCAUGAGGCAAUUUUGAUCGAAAAAUUGGCAGAUUUGAUAAAGAAGCUCGACAUCAAGCUAGAGUCUCAACGAGAUAUUGAAACAAACGAGGUAUACUUAAUGUAUGGACCAGACUGGGAGAGUAUGACAAUGUUCACGAGUGGAGAGCAAGACAUCGAUCAGAAAAAGAAGUCGUUGAAUAUCAAAAGACAAUGGCUCUUUCCAUUACUACAAUCAGAACUUGAUUCGCUCGCGAGCACAGGGCUACUUAAAAGACAGCGGGCCGAAAUGGACCAAGAGAAGAAAGAAGCCAGCCAGAAAAGAACAAAAAUGGCCACUUCGCUUGAUUUUUUUAAGGGAAGAUAUGAUGACUUGCUGACGAAAGUUGCAACGGCUGCUAAGCCGAUCAAUAGAGAAGCAAUGAGAAUUUGGGUGAAGCAUCACGAAGGAUUUUCUAAUGCUGUUAGAAAAAACAUUGGAUGGCACGAACUAUGGAACUGAGACGAUGUGGGGGUAUGUGCGAAAGGCGUUGUUAUAGAGGAACGUAAGUCAAUAUUUAGUUGAGUAAUUCAUUUACCAUAAAAUUGCGGGUCUUAAAACAUCCCUCCCAAUAGCUUCGGAAGGUCUAUGUUGGCGUAUAUGUGGCCUUAUUUACUUCUAAUGUAAGGUCCGUCAGAUAUCUUGUCCAACCCCUCAUAGAAUGAUCUUAUACAGGGUUUUCCCGAUUCAUUCCCGUGAUCGGAUACUUAAGCCAGAUAUGAUUCCCUAUGAAGAUUUAGGACGCCAUUCAUAAAUAGGAAUACAAACACCCAUAUAUC